CGGCGUGUACGCUCAGUCACAAGCAAACGACAAGAGCCGGAGUUUGGACCGAGACGCAUCCGGGGAACCGCAGCUUCCCGUGUGGCUUCCUUGUCGUCUCGGAAACUUUUUUGGUUUCAUCCACUUUGUAAUGGGUCACUAAAACCACUUUUUUUCGGAGGCCCUUCCACACAGCGACUUGAAAGCGAGCCGCUUGAAACUGCCGCCAUCCUCUCGCGACGCAGUUUCACUUUCGCCAUCUGCCAUGGGUAAACAGAACAGCAAGCUCCGUCCUGACGUCAUGCAGGAUCUGAUGGAGAACACCGACUUCACAGAGCACGAGAUCACCGAGUGGUAUAAGGGCUUCCUGCGGGACUGCCCCAGCGGCGCCCUUUCCAUGGAGGAGUUCAAAAAGAUCUACGCCAACUUUUUCCCGUACGGCGACGCCUCCAAGUUCGCCGAGCACGUCUUCCGCACGUUUGACGCCAACGGCGAUGGCACCAUCGACUUCCGGGAAUUCAUCAUUGCGCUGAGCGUCACGUCCCGCGGCCGCCUGGACCAGAAGCUCAAGUGGGCCUUCAGCAUGUACGACCUGGACGGCAACGGCUACAUCAGCAAGGCAGAGAUGCUGGAGAUAGUCACGGCCAUUUACAAGAUGGUCUCUUCGGUGAUGAAGAUGCCGGAGGAUGAGUCGACGCCUGAGAAGCGCACAGAGAAAAUCUUCAGGCAGAUGGACACGAAUCAAGAUGGUAAGUUGUCCCUGGAGGAGUUUGUGGAGGGCGCCAGGAACGACCCAUCCAUCGUUCGGCUGCUGCAGUGCGACCCGAGCAGCGCCGGCCAGUAGGCGGCCAGCUCGCUUCUCUUCCUCUCCCCUCUUUUUUUGUGUUAGUUCAUCAAUGAAAAAAUUACCAAUAUCAUUUGAAAGGACACCUUUGAAGGACUGUAUUGCCGUACGCGCAGGACUUGUUUAAAAAAAAAG